AUGAUGAAUGAAGAAGAACCUGUAAUUGCCUGUUUGGUUCAUCCAAAGAUGGUUGCCCAAGAUCUUGUUGCAGAGAAUGCACGUUUUGUUGUUUCGGUCUGUACUGGAAGUCUGUUGUUAGCAGCCACCGGUCUCUUGGUAGGCAAGAAAGCUUCAACUCAUUGGUCACUCCGUGUCACCAAUGUGCUUGAUUUACUCGAAGUCAAAGUUCAAAACAAGAGAAUCACAUUGGACGGCAAAUACCUUACUUGCGCCGGUGUAACUUCGGGAAUUGACUUGGGAUUAACCAUUGUCUCAUUGUGGGCAGAGACCGAGAAAGAAGGUGUAACAAAUGGUGAGUACGCCACAUUGGUUUAUGAAUACCAGCCAGAGCCACCAUUCAAAACCGGUACACCAGAUGAUGCUCCACAAGCACUCUCUGAAAAAUUCCUUGAUCUACGUAAAGCCUUAAUUGAUGAUUGUAUAGAAGUCGCAAGAGAAAUAAGGAACAAUUGGCCAAGAGAAUAA